UUUUUAUUUUAUGUAUCUUCAUCGUUUUUUUUUUUACUCUUACAAUCUUUGGCCUUCGCCGUUUCUCAACCAGUCAAGCCAUAUUUUUUUUCCCUCAAAAUCUUCUUUUGAAAUUUAGAAUUUUUUCUUUUUAUUAUUUAUUAAAUAAAACCCCUAGUUUUUUAAUGUGCUUUGAGUAACUAGAAGCGAGAUUUGGAGUGUUUUUUUUCCUCUGAAAUUUUCAUUGUUUUUAGCUUUUGAAAAUUUCGACCGUUAAGAGAAUGGGAUGAGGAAUGAGGAUCGAUCUGAAACGAGUUCCGAAAGAAGAACAAAAAAACUGAAGUUUCUUGAAUCACAAGCUGAAUGGACUGGUGAAGGUUUGUGUUUGUAUACGUUUGUAUAUUGAAGACAACGGGAUGUGCACGCUUGUUUUUGGAAUAGGAGAACCAACUCAAUCCAGCGCCUUCCUCCUUGUCAGUCUUUUUGAAUCUGGUUGAUGGGGAUUGUUCAAAUGAAUAAUAAUGGUCCCGUGGCUGGUGGAUGGGUUGAACUGAAUACACAUAUCUGUGAUGAGAACACGAACAUAAGGGAUGGAGUCACGGGUGAGGGGCAGGGCCUCUCUGACGAAGAUGAGUCACGUAUUAAUGAGGAUGUGGAAAACAGAAAUAAUGGGAAGAAAGCGGUGGUUCAGCUUCGUGGUCCUUUAGUUUGCUGGGAGAGGUUUUUACCACUAAGGUCUCUGAAGGUUCUAUUGGUUGAAAACGAUGACUCAACUCGACAUGUUGUUUGCGCAUUGCUGCGAAAUUGUGGCUAUGAAGUUACUGCUGUGUCAAAUGGUUUGCUAGCUUGGAAGAUCUUGGAAGAUCUAACCAAUCAUAUUGAUCUUGUUUUAAGUGAGGUAGUAAUGCCUUGUUUGUCAGGCAUUGGCCUUUUAUGCAAGAUAAUGAACCACAAAACUCGCAAGAAUAUUCCAGUGAUUAUGAUGUCUUCUCAUGAUUCUAUGAACAUAGUCUUGAAGUGUUUGUCCAAGGGUGCAGUCGACUUUUUAGUUAAGCCCAUUCGAAAGAAUGAGCUUAAAAAUCUUUGGCAGCAUGUUUGGCGGAAAUGCCACAGCUCUAGUUGUAGCGGAAGUGGGAGUGGCAUACAGACUCAAAAAUCCACAAAAUCAAAGAGUGGUGGUUCAGACAACAAUACUGGAAAUAAUGAGGAGGAUGACAUCGGAAGUGUGGGAUUGAAUGCGCAGGAUAGAAGUGACAAUGGAAGUGGCACUCAGAGCUCGUGGACAAAGAGGGCGAUAGAGGUUGACAGCUCCCAGCCAAUAUCAGCACGAGACCAGGUCAUGCAUUCAAGGUCUGAAGUGCUUGGUAAUAGCUGGGUUCCUGUAACAAUCACGAGGGAGUGUGACAGUCGGGAUGAUGAACUUGACAAUGCAGUUAAGGGAAAAGAUUUAGAGAUAGGAGUUCCUAAAAUUACAGCUUUGCAGCUUGAAAACCCAAGUGAAAAGGUCAAUACCAUCGCAGCAGGUGGUAAUCAAGAAAAAUUAUCUGAACUCAACCCUAGUAAAGAUGAUGAGAAACUAGAAAAGGCACAAUUGGAGCUUACUGGUGAGAAACCCGGUGUUGAUUUGGUAAAUCGAGCUGCUGAUGUGAUAGGUGUCAUCUCCAAGAACACCGAUGCACAGAUAGAAAGUGCAGUCUUUGACAUCCCAGAUAGUCUACCCAAGGUCUCCGAUACAAAAGGUAAGGUCAUCUACAAAACAAAGGAAAUGCCUUCCCUCGUGCUAAGUUUAAAGAGACUGAUAGAUGUUGGAGAUAGUGGAACAAGUGCCCAUGAGCGAAAUGUGUUGAGACAUUCGGACCUUUCAGCCUUCUCAAGAUAUAAUUCUGGUUCAACUGCUAAUCAGGCUCCAAUAGGAAAUGUUGGUAGUUGUUCUCCUCUUGAUAAUAGCUUGGAGGCUACUAAUACGGAUUCUAUGAAGAAUUUCCACUCGAACUCGAAUAACAUGCCUCCAAAUCAACAGUCCAAUGGAAGUAGUAACAAUAAUGACAUGGGUUCAACCACUAACAAUGCCUUUAGCAAAUCAGCAGUUCUCAAUGACAAGCCAGCAUCUAAAACUUCGGGUCCCUCUUCAGCUUUCCAACCUGUCCAGAAGGGCCAUGCUACUGCAAUGCAAUCUCCGGCAGAAGAUAAGGCUGAUGCUGCAAUCGGCAAGAAGAUUUUAGCUAAAGCAAAGGGCACGGACCAACAGGUGCAAGUGCAGCAUCACCAUCACCACUAUUACCACUACCACCAUCAUGUCCAUAAGAUGCCCCAAAAUCAGAAAUUAGAUAACCAGGAUGAUCUUUGCCAGUGUGGGUCAUCGAAUAUGUCAAGUGCACCACAUGUUGAAGCCAAUGCUGGCAACCAUAGUUCAAAUGGAAGUGCACCGGAAAGUAACCAUGGAAGCAAUGGACAGAAUGGGAACAUCACUGCAUUAAAUAGUAGGGGACUAAAUCUCGAAAGUGAGAAUGGGCUUCUGGGGAAAGGCGGAACUGUUGGUGGAAUUGGAUUUGGAGGCAGUAAUGGGGCUGAUCAAAACCGUUUUUCUCAAAGAGAAGCCGCUUUGAACAAAUUCCGCCAGAAAAGGAAAGAAAGAUGCUUUGAGAAGAAGGUUCGAUAUCAGAGUAGAAAGAAGCUGGCUGAGCAGAGACCACGGAUUCGAGGACAGUUUGUACGACAAGUCCCAGAAAACAAAAACAAGGAUACCAAUUGCUAACAUCAACACUCUUCCCUUAGACCGCGCAAAUUUUUGCCUACCAAAUUACGAGGAGGGAGCACUGGUUCGGAUUCCACGUGCAGAUUAUGCUAGUAAUAAAAUUUACGAACCAUUAAUCAAAGACUGAAUUCCUUAUGAGUAAUUUGAAAUGUACUUUAGUAAUCCGACUUACAUGGCUUCGGCCGGAACUAUUACUACUAUCUUGCAGGAGAAGGUAACAACCCUUGCAAGGGUUGCCCCAAUAUAUAGUAUUAUCAUUUCAGUAUUAUUGUUUGCUGUUGUUUGUUAAAAGGCUUGCAUGAAUGACAAUGGUACUCAAUGUCAUUUGGGUUUCUUUUA